AAAUUACUCUCAAAAGGGUAUAGAAAAGAAAAACCAUGAGUUCUUCAACAGGAGCUUGGGUAGCAGCAGCUAGCAUUGGAGCUGUUGAGGCAUUGAAAGAUCAAGGUUUUUGUAGAUGGAACCAUGCUCUAAGGUCAAUCCAACAGCAUGCCAAGAACAACAUCAGAUCAUGUUCUCAAGCCAAGAAAAAACUUCCUGCUCCAUCUUCUUCUGCUUUGUGUAAGAAGCUGAGGGAUGAUGAGAAGUUGAAGAAGUCAGAGGAAUCACUAAGAACAGUCAUGUAUUUGAGCUGUUGGGGUCCUAAUUAAUCCCCCUUUUUAUCUUUUUUAUUUUUGGUAUAUAUGUAAUGCCCAUUUUUGCACUAAAUAUUACAUUACUUGAACAAUUAAAAAAAAAUUGUUCAAAUGUUGAGUUUGAGAUUAGAAUGGA